AUGCUCCCACAUUUCCCUCUCUUCUCACCUCUGAUUGGCGCCUUUGGCCGUGGAGCAUUCAGCACAGCAAAUAGAACGACGGCCACUGGUGGUGCAGUCACCACUAGCACUGCAGCUACAGCUUCUGCGACUACACAACAGCAAGGUUCAACGGCUCGAAGAAAGGUGUCGGUAGACGCAAAUAAAUUCCCGCGAAUGAGAUUGGAAAGCUGUGGAUCCCUGUUGGAGAGCUACGCACGAGGAUUUACAACUCCGUUGUCCUCUUCCUCUUCAUCCCUUACCAACCAGCAACCAGGACAGCAGCAACAGCAACAACGCACCGGAGGUGUUCGUAGCCUUGGCAAGUGCUCACCACAGUCGGUCACGCCCUCUUCCUCCUCAUCUAUUUCUUCUAGCAUGCCAACGGCCUUCAAGAGCCUCUCGCCUUGGUGGGCUGGUGGCGAAGUUGGCGACCGUCAACAGCAGCAGCAUCAUUUACACCACCCGGAUAAUGAGUACCUCAAUUCUCUUGUCACUGAAGAGUUACGAACUCAGCUUACGGUUAGCACGAGCCCUGAAGAGUCGCAUCAACACCAAGUUAUUAAAGACUUUGGUCAAUCGCCGUUGAGCUGUCUCCUACGUCAGAUGCAACUCUCGAAUCAACAGGCAAUGGUAGGCACUACAUCGACACCAACAGCCGCCAAACGGGGUUCAGGGCUGUUUGAUGAUGACCCACUGGGUGUGGUGACCGUCUCACCCCUUGCCAGUCCUCGUGGCGCUCCCACCUUGCCUCCACCAUCACAACAAUCUUCCACUCCUGUCGCCGUUGCUGCUGCUACCACCACCGCUACCUCUGUCUCGGGCUGCUCCACCUCCGCACCCGUCUGCAUUCCAUCAAACGGUGGCAGUCGUGGAGAAAUCGAAGCCUUUGAUUUUCCUUGCAGUUUUUGCCCUUCAUUCUCUUCCUGCAGUUGCGGUUGCUGUUGUCGAGGCCAAGGUGGAGGUGGUCAGGACUCAGCCUUCAACAGUGGUGGCACACCGACAGUUAUAUGCGAGUUUGGUGCAGUGGGCAGCACCUCCCUUCACUCAAUGACUUCGGAGGGUCAGGACAGCGCUCUCGCUCUCUCCGAGGCCAAGGACGAUACCACUCCCGACCUGCCUCUCCUCCAUGAUGCCCCUGGUACCUUUGGGUCCAUGGUAAGUUCUGCAUUAAUUGCAAAUAAACCCAUCCCCCACAUAUUGAUGCGUCCUGGUUCCACCUAA